CGUCAUAACAGGGGCUCUACUUGCGCUAAAAUCCCGCCUCCUGCACUAGAAUUGGUUAGUAGUUUGUUGACCCCAGAGCCGUGAUUGGUUAGUAGUAGUACGCGAUGAACACCCGGCCAAUCGUAGCUCAGGAAAGGAUGCUGGAAAAACAAACCGCGCGGUCGCAUGAGGUUCAGGCAACAUGGCUGCGCUGAAAAGAAGAUUCACAAUAGACGAUAAACGGAGGAUUCUUGAGCUGUAUGACCAGCUUCCUCGGAUGAGCCAAAGAAAGGCAGCAAAACGACUGAACAUCGCUCCAUCUAUGCUUUGGACGAUCCUCCAUAACAGGAACUGCAUAAUAAAAGGCGAGAUCAUUAAACGUGAAAAGAAUAAGUGGGUGGGCUGCGGCAGGUCGCCGAGACUCGAGGCGAAUAUCUGGAAAUGGAUCGAUCACUGUAGGCAGAGCGGAGCCCCUGUAACUGAUCUGAUGAUUCACCGGAAAUCAAUGGACAUUGCGGCGCGUAUGGGUAUAGUUAGUUUCAGGCCGAGCCCGAGGUGGUACAGCGGCUUUAAGAAACGAGAGGCACUCGUGCGCGAGAGGUAUCGCAUCUAUCCGGAACUGGAUCUAAACAAUCAUCCAGAUCAGCUCGGAUCUCCCAACGUACCGUGCUCUGCUUCUCCACCUGCUGAUGUAGAGACUCCGCAGGAACACAGCGUGCACGAAACCCAAGAAGAAAAUGUUACAGUUCGCGAGCCAGAACAGGACAAACAACUUCCGGUCCAAAGCAGCCCCACGGUCCUGGUCGGCAAAGUGAACGGCGACAUGCAGACAGUCACUGUGCCCUCACUGCUCCAAAUGCAGGACGCUAUGAAGACUUUAGCCACGGGCUUGUUAUAUCGAGGCUUUUGCGACUUUAAUCUCCUCCAUCAAUUUGAGAAAGAAGUUGCAAACGUUGUGAAGAGAUCAAUGGCCCAAGGCUGCCAUGAUAGUUUUGUAGCCUGAGUGCUGAGUCCGUUCCCUACAAAUCUAGUGUGCAUUGUUUAUACUCAGUGCCUUAGAUGGCGUAUUAUCUGAGCACUAUCCUGUUGAAGUGCAUUGUGGGAUUACACUAACACACUGGAUAUACUUCAGUGAUUUUGGACAAGACGGAGAGACUUAACAAAUAUUGCACUAUACAGUUAAUAGGGUUUGGAAACCUGUCGGAGUUGACUGACAGUGUUGGCACCAGUGGCGUUAGUUUGGAGUUCACGUAUUAAUUAGUCGACCUAGUUUGGCUGCUUAAGCUGUCUCUAAUGAGUUUUCCAAAUAUAUGCUGUUGUUUACAGUGAUGGAAAAUUAAAUGCCUACUUUAUGAUGUAUUUUAUGGCUAAUGUUUCAAACAUCAGAGGCACACUGCUACCAAAAAGCCUAUAUUAGGUGGAUUUCUCUUUUCCUUCUUUCUAUUUUUCUUUUUCUUUUUUUUUCUUUCUUUUUUGUUUUGUUUAGGACUGCAUUCCAUGGACAAAAUCUCACUCUGCUGUUAUAUAGCUAUAUCCUGUGAUUGCAUUAUGCCUUGCAGUCUAUUAAAACACACUUGUCAGUCCUUGAUGUGAUGCAGUGAAAUAUUGGCCUGCUUUUCUUAUCCUGUAGACAUUCCCUGGUCCUGUCUUUCACAUCAUAGUGUUUUCACACCAGAUCCAUUUAACCAGCUGAUUAACAACCUUUCCUGGUUUGAACUGGGUUUUUUAGAGAAGGGAAAACCCUAAAAUGUGCAGGAAACAGGGUUGGGAACUUGACUCUAGAGCAGUGUGUAUAUAAUUGAUUAGAAGUCUUUUUUUUUUUUUUCUUCAAAAUGCAACUUUUCAAAUGAGCUAUUAUAGUGAGGUCCAGGAGCCAUUGACUGUGGUUUGGAAAAGAAAAUUAUGUAGGCAUUCAGCAUCAAAUUUGAUCAUACAUGUAUGUGUAGACUGACUUUUCCUUCUUUGCAAGUUUAGUCAGCAGUUUGUUAUUACUGUCCCUUUUUUUUUUUUUUUUUUUUUAAGUCAGGUUUGGAGUAACUGCAGCAUGUCCCAGAAGUCUCUAUACACAGAGGUAUAUGUUUGCCAGCACCACGUCAGUUGCGUCUUCAUCAGCAGAUGUUCAUGGACGUCCACUUCUCGGUCGGUCCGCAACACUUCCAGUCUUUUUGAAAUUGUUAUAAGUUUGACAGCAGUGUCGUGUGUGAGAGAUGUUUGCCAUGUUUCCUGUUAAAGUCCAUCACAACCUUGAGAUAGCUUCCCGAUCCAGCCAUGAGAAUGAUUUCAAUACGUUCUCCUUUUGUCAAAGGCAUUCUUAAAGCCUAUCUGAAAAAUAUAUAUAAUAUAAACUAAGUAUGAAAAAACAAAGCACUGGAAGACAUUUUGCUAAAAAGUGUUCAUUUCCCCUUAUGUAUGGAGACUUUUUUUGGAUACCCUGUACUUUGUUCUUUACCAGAUAUCUUACUUUCUUUUCUGUGCAGAAAUAUAGAAACACUUUACCCAAUCAGCUGUAGGACUUUUUUAUUUUUAUUUUUUAUAAAGCUUUCUCUUAUGUGGCCACAUGGGGGCACUGCUUUUCAUGUAUUUUUCCCCCUCCUUAUGACAUGGAAAGUGACAUAAACAUGUUUAAAAACUAUGCAGUGUUAGUAGCAGUGAAAAAUUUUCUACUAUGAUCCAUUUUAAUUCACAUACUUUUAUUUGUAUAUUCAAACCCUUUUUGUAUGAAUUUAGCAAAAAGGCAAAAAAAAAAAGUUGCAUUUGAAAGCUUUACUUGUACAUAUUAAGCUACACUGUCUUUAAAAUAGGGCCACAGUAUUGACAAUACACCAAAUUCCUACACAUUGUCUGAUAAGCUUUCAUGCACUCCCACUUUAUUACAGCAAAGCAUGACUACAGAUUGUUCAGACCGCCUGAAUGUCUGGGAUUUGCUGGGGCGCGCUGUGGUAAUCAGAGAUUGCUCAGCGUACAGUGGAAAUUCGUGGGAUUUGAUGUAUUGCAGUAGUUAUAACAAGGGAUGCUUUAAGCGCAAUGUUUUCUCCAAGAUCAAACUCAUAUCGUGGCCUUUUUUUUUUUAAGUCUCAUAUUGCACACAGUGGAGGUUUCGGGUGUAUAUUUAAAUCCUUCAUAUACUGUAACGAUGUUAAGCCACUAUGCAGGAUAAUGUUUUUGAAAUGCAGGUAGAAAUGAAUUUUCACACAGCAUAAAGGAUGCAUUAAAGACAUUAAAGAUCUUCUAUGAUUAGAGUUAAUUAAAAUAAAAAAUCUGAAAUAGGAAAAAAAAAAGUGAGCAUAUGCAAUGUUGAAAAGACAAUAAACCCUGACUGCUAGGAGCUGCAUGUUGAUUCUAUCUGCAACAAGACAGAAGAAUUACCAACCCCCCAUUUGAGUAGCUCUGUGUAGCCUAAUUUGCAUAAACAUGAGUAAUUUAUGAAUAAUAAAUGCACCCCUAUUCGGCGUGAUCCAUUAAUUUGCAUAUCACCAUGCCACUACAGUUAUUUUUUUCUGUGUGCUGUGCUAUCAUGAA